AUAUCUUAGUAUUGACUAUUGACAUUAAAUUUGUGUUAUAAUUAAGUAAUAAACGUCUUAAUGAUAUUAUAGAACAACCGUUAAAGUUAUCGUACAGUUUUAAACAAACUAUUAAUUAAUCCGUUUGUUAUAUAUUAUAAUAAAAUAUGGAUUUAUAAGAUUUCUGUUAUACAUUUACAUUAAAGUUGAAUAGAGUUUUUUAUUUUAUUAAUUUUAUGAUAUUACAAACGUGUUGAUAUUGAAAGACUAUGGAGGGCAAUCGAGAUGAAGCUUCUCGCUGCAUUGAAUUGACGAAAUUAUAUAUUAAAAAAAAAGAUUUGGAUAAUGCAUGGAAAUUUUCAGUUAAAGCUCAUAAAUUAUUUCCAUCAAAUGAGACAAGACGUUUAAUGUUAAAAUUGAAGUCUAAGUUAAGAAAUCAAAAGUGUCGGACAAUGAAGAAAAAUCAAUCUAUGUCUGAUGGUUCUGAUGAAUCUUAUAAUGGCGAUCAUUCUAACUCAUCAUCAAGUGAUGGUUUUACACGACAAUCAUCAAAUCAGCCAAAAAAAAGCUAUAAAUCAAGUACUGCUUAUUCAUAUGAAAUGUUUAAAGAAAUUAAUAAAGAUGAAUCUUAUAAUUGUCUUGAAAAAGCAGAACAAUGUAUAAAAAGGAAAGAGUACGGAAUGGCAGAAAAAUAUGUGCUGAAAUCAAAAAAACUUUUUGCCACAACUAGAGCUGAUGAACUUCUUCAAGAACUUAAAAAAAUACAAGAGGACAACAAGCCUAAAUAUACAGAAGAACAAGCAAAUGUUGUCAGAAAAGUAAAAAAUAGUGAAAAUUAUUAUACAAUGUUGGAUAUAAAAUAUACUGCAACUGUUCCUGAAAUAAAAAAAGCAUAUAAAAAAUUAGCGUUGUUAUUACAUCCAGAUAAAAAUCCAGCUCCUGGUUCUGGAGAAGUAUUUAUUGUUGUUAGUAAUGCUGUUGAUACAUUAAGUGAUUGUAAAAAACGUAGAACGUAUGAUUUAAGUAUAAGGAAACCAUCUAUUUCUACAUCUAGUUAUACUAGAAAUAAUUGUUUUUAUAACCGCUACGAACCACCAUAUGGUGCACAUAGAAACCCAUAUAAAUUUUAUCAAAGACCUUGUGAUUCUUCUGAUGAAUUUGAAGAUACUGAAUAUGUUUCUGAAACUGAAGAUACCUUUGAUUAUUAUGAAUCAUUUGAAUGAAUAUUAAUUAAUGUAAUAAAACUAAAAUAAAAAGAUACAGAAAGAAAUGGCUCAUACUAGUUUGGUUUAAUGUUAAAAAUAUAAUUUAUUUGUUGAGUCCUAGAAAGAAAGAAUAGUUUUUUUUCUAUUUUAACAUACUUAGGACUGUUUGUAACUCAUCAUCCAAUAAUUAAAGGUAUGAUUAAAAAUAGAUAGUACAUUUAAUUU